AUGGUUCAAGCAAUUUGGGUUUGAUGUAACUGGCAACGGUGUUUGAGCUCGAAGAAAAUGGAGGACCUAGCCGUUGAAGUCCGGGGUGAAAAUGGGGCUUGGUAUAAGGCUUUUGUCACUGAUGUUCAUGAAGAUGAGAUUUCUGUUGCAUUUGAGAAUGAUUGGCAGCCUGAAACCAAAUUUCUAUUCUCAAGGUCUCGCCUGCCACUCAAGGACAGCAAAGGUCCAUUCACAUUUGUAGAAAAUCAGGAAAUUGAAGUUUACUCAAAAGCAAAUGAACAGGAAGCAUUUGGCUGGUGGAAAGCUGUAAUAAAGAUGAUUAGAGGAGAUUUUCAUGUUGUUGAGUAUGUUGGCUGGGAAAUGUCAUAUUCAGAAAUAGUACCUGGAGAUAGAAUUCGUCCAUCAAACACCAACUCACCCUUAACAAAAGCCAACUUUUCCAAAUUCGAGAUUGAGGUGCCUGAAGAGUUGCGUGAGUAUGCAAAAAGGGAUGGAGUACACAAGGAAUUUCAAAAGGCGAUUGAAGCAGCCGUCUGUCGGUAUGUGCCCGAGAAAGGAAUACUUAGUGUUAUGUCACGUCAUGAAUCCAGUCGGAAGCGAGCUGGUCUUUUACAGGAUAUGCAUUUUCGUAACCUUACGCAAAAAGUGGUGCUGCUCAAAAGAACUGAAGAAGCUGCUAAACAGCUGGAAUGUACUAGAACGCAUUCUAGCGGAGGGUUUACAGAAGAGUUCACUGUUAGAGAGGAUUUGAUGGGGUUGGCUAUCGGGGCACAUGGAGCCAACAUUCAGCAAGCUCGUAAGAUUGAUGGAAUAACGAACAUUGAUCUAUUAGAAAAUUCUUGUACCUUCCGAAUCCAUGGAGAGAUUGAGGAGUCGGUUAGAAAAGCUCGUGGGAUGCUGGAAUAUGGAGAAGAAUCCAUUCAGGUGCCUCGAUUUUUGGUGGGAAAAGUCAUUGGGAAGAAUGGACGUGUCAUUCAAGAAAUAGUUGACAAAAGUAAUGUCGUCCGAGUUAAAAUUGAAGGGGACAACGAACCAAAUCCGACUCAUCCUCGUGAAGACGGAUUAGUUCCAUUUGUAUUUGUGGGUACAAUGGACUCAAUAGCCAAUGCCAAAGUCCUUCUCGAGUAUCAUUUAGCACACUUGAAGGAAGUGGAACAAUUACGCAUGGAAAAGUUGGAGAUCGAUCAGCAACUUCGCUCUAUUCACAACAGCAACCUUACGUCAGCUCCUGUGUUUCCUCCCCCACGGCGUGUGGAUAGAGGAUACAGUGCCGAACCGGAGGGAGGAGGGAACCGAGACCGAGGAAGUCUAACGCGUGGUCGAGGUCGAGGUGGAAGAGGUGCACCUGUUAGUAGUGGUCGCUUUGGUGAAAGAUUUCAUGUGGAGAGAAGUGGAAUUGCAUCGUCGGUUAGAGGUCGUGGAGCAGCUCGCGGUCGAGGAGAGCGACCCGAACGGACUGACCGUGUGGAGCGGAACGAACAUGCAGAAAGAGGAGAUCGUGACAGCGCUUUUCGAGGUAGAUCUAGAGGAUUUCGGCGUGGUUUUGGAGAUCGCGUUUUGGAUUCCGAACGGCGUGUUGAAGAAGAAUCAGCGCCAGAUAGUCAAGAUCUUUCGAGUGCCGCUAGUCUAGACAGGGAUUCCGGCUCAAGCAACGAAGAAUCAGGACCUGGUCGUCGUCAACGUCGUCGUAGACCACGCAAAGUUGACUCUGAAACCAACGGUCGACCUAACAUCCUGGACAACUCAUCUAGCGGUUCUCGUUUGCAUUCGGCUUUGUCUAGUAAAGAGGGGACACCGGCUGAAACUACUACAAAAAAUGCUUCGCAGGCCGGGUCCUUACAUACAGCUGCGGCCUCUGGGCCUCCCCAUUCGCGUGAUCAGCGUAACAGAUAUGAUAAACCAAGUGGUAGUCGCAAACCGAUAACCGAUCCAAAGGCUCAUGAAGAACCUGUUAAUGGAACCACAGCUUGAAACUCGGGAAAUAAUAAAGAAUUCGUUUGUACGUGAAAGGUGGCUGUUGAAGGAAGUUGCGUCAGUUUGAGAAAACAGGAAAAGUUGUUGAUUUGCCCUGGAACAAAGUAAAGAAACCCAGAAACGUUCGAUGUCAACCAACACAAGCGAAGUUGACAAUGUGUUUCGCGAAGAAAAAAUCUGUUGAAAUCGCAACGGUUCUAAAUGAUUCGUCGAUAAAAUCUUUACCUCUUUUCAUAAUUACCCUUCGCACCACCACCGAAAUGUGUCCCCAUCCACUUGAAUACACUAUGCUGUGUACUGGA